UUCUCUCUCUCCUUCACUCAGUUGCUUCUUUCUCUAGUUUACUACCACUUUCUCUCCACUCACUUGUUUCUUCUUGCCCCCGAUUUCACAGCGAGUUUCAUUUGAGGAAGACGAACAAGCUGAGAAAUCUUCUAUUUACACUGUGACUUAGCUGGUUGUUUAGUAAGUUAACUGGUUGGGUAGUAAGUAGCUCAGAUCAGGGUUCAGGGAGGUUAAUCAUGUAGGUGUUGCAGCCGAGCUGGAGACAGUCAGAAGGACUCGUAUCUACUUGCCUGAAUAACAUAAACAUCAUCUUCAUGCGUGAUGUACAAACAUAACCUUUCACAAUGAGCAUGUCGGUAGUACGCACGGCCUCCCCCCCUGCUGAGGAUCCAGUGACUCCUCCACCCAUGACAACACCUCCUCGCAAAGCCUCAGUUCGCCUCCAGGAGAGGCGAGGCUCAAACCUUUCUCUGCUACUGGAUGUGAGCACGUUGGGGGUGGACACUAUGUGCUCAGUCACCACCCCUAAAGAGGUGUGGCUUCAGGUGCUUCACACCUCCUCACGGACGCUCACACAGCCUCUGCUACAGGAGGCCGCCAAGGACACCAACACUCUGAACACAGAGUACCAGAAGAUCCCUCCGAACUUCGUGAAUGCUGCAGAUCUCGAUGCUCCAGGACACACGAUGAAAGACAGAUAUAAAACCAUUCUCCCCAACCCUGAGACCCGGGUGGUACUGAAGAGCCUGGAGGAAGAGCCGGGGCCAGACCGCUACAUCAAUGCCAACUACAUCAGGGGCUACAGAGGGGCUCCGAAGGCCUACAUUGCUACCCAGGGGCCAAUGGUCCACACUGUCGGGGACUUCUGGGACAUGGUGUGGCAAGAGAGGAGCAGCAUUAUCGUCAUGGUUACCAGACUGAAGGAAAACAAUGAAAAAUGUGAGCCCUACUGGCCACAGCCGAUGGAGAGGACAGAAAGGGUAAAAGAAGAGGACAAAAAGAAAGGGGAAGCAGAGAGUAGUCAUUUUGGAAGAUUCCUCCUCUGCGUAAAAAAAAGCCAAGAAAAAGAUGGCUUCACUGUCACAGAUAUGGAGAUCAAGCUGUGCUCAGAACGUCGUCAAAUAAGACACUACUGGUUCACCUCUUGGCCCGACCACCACAUCCCACAAUGCAUUGCUCCUCUGUUGAGACUGGUGGAGGAGGUGGAGACGUAUAGGAAGUCUCUGCAAUUGUCCACCAGCACUCAGCUAAUUGCAGCCCCAGUUCCUGGUCCUGGACCAGUCAUCGUCCACUGCAGUGCAGGCAUUGGGAGAACAGGCUGUUUCAUAGCCAGCAGUAUUGGCUGUCAGCAGCUCAGAGAAACUGGUCAGGUUGACAUCCUGGAGACAGUUUGUCAGCUUCGACUUGACAGGGGUGGUAUGAUCCAGACCACAGAACAGUACCAGUUCCUGUACUCCACAUUGGCUCAGUACAGCUACCAGCUGCCCCAGGACCAGGAGCAGAACCAGCCUACCACAUUGCCACCGAACCUGCAGAACCAGGAGGACCAGGUUAGCAUACAGCUGCAGAACCUGCAUCUACAGAACAGCAACAACUGAUUCGGUCCACAACCUCAAUAAAAACCAGCAGUGUCUUCAAAGAAAUUCAGGAGAACCAACACAGAAAAGAAGAACCAGGAUGAGGAAAUAGGAGUACCUGAAGACAGCCUAAUCCCAGCAAAUGAGGGACAACCCUUGGAUGUCCAUGUGACAUUUAAGACAUCCCAUGUCCACUUUUGGUUCCCACAACUAUGUUCUGAUCAGGACGAAAGCAAAACAUCACUGAUGUCAUGUUGUUAUUUGGUCUCUGUGAAUGAGUGGUCAUUCAGAAGAAACACCCUCUGUUGGUCUUAUAAGGUUUCACCAGAUGUAUGUGUGUGUGAGUGUGUGUGUGUGUGUGUGUGUGUGUGUGUGUGUGUGUGUGUGUGUGUGUGUGUGUGUGUGUGCUUGAGACGUACAGCCUUAAAAUGAUGGUAAUGGUAGUUUUUAAAUAGAUGUGUGUCAGAAUACUACUGAUGAAACUUGUUCCCUUCCAGUGUGAGUGAAAAGAUGUGUUGCCAAUAUAUCAAAUUCUGGCCUAUGUAGAUGUAUAGUUCAAUGAGUAACUGGACAACUGUGGUAUGGCUGAUGUGCUUUGGUCCUUAGUUGUACGCAAAUUUCAGUGGUUUCACAAAGUUAAGCUUUAAAGACGUAUUACAAUACUUUUGCAGAUUUUUUCAGAUGCACCCCAUAUUGAUGGUUAAAACAGCAUCCAUCCUGCAUCCUACAUGUACUGUGAGAUCUCUUUCACCAGUAAAGCACAGUCUUACACGUUUAAAACAGCCGGUGUGUUUAUAUCUGCUUGCUAGCAUGUGACGCAGUGCGUAAAGUAAAACUGAGCUGCAACGUCACGCCGCAUCCCAGAGAAAAGGUUGCGGUCUUUCUGGACACUGCUGGGCAGCAACAAACACAGACCGUGAAGUUUUAAGGUCAGAAAGUUACGUAGUUCGUCUUUAUCUUUACAAUUUUGAAUGUUCUUUAAAUAAUCCAAGUAAGCAAACAUAAUGACAUAUGGUGGGGGUUCUGUGGGGACUUGUACUGGACCAACUGAGGAACUAGUUUUUUGAUGAGAUUAACUCAGAGGGAUAAAGCUCUAAUAGAAUGAGCACUGGGAAGCAGGCAAAGUUUGGAUCACACAGAGAAACCAGCUGAACUGGACGUUUUGCUGGGACUGGACUGAACUUGUAGAGACAAGAACGAAGAUGCUCUUUCUGGAAUGAAAAUCUCAGAGAAUCUACAGUCAGAUCAGAUGAUUAUAGUAAACCAGGGCUAUUGCUUGACACAGUCAUUGUGUUCUUUUCACAUAUACAGUAGGAAUCCCUAAAUCUGGUCUUUGAGGGCCACUGUCCUGCAUGUUGAAUGUUUCCCUGCUGCAGCGCACCUGACUGAAUCUAAAUGGAUCUCUAACAGCUUGUUACACCAGAGGUGUUUAACAGUUACUGCCAUCCACCUGCUAUUCUGUAACAGACUGUAACAAUGUCUGUAAGUUAAAUCCCAUGUUGAGAAGAAACCAACUCAUGCCAAAUAGUGCUGAAGGGCCACAGAAGUUUGCUUUCAAAUCUUGCUAUCUUGUCUGCACUAAUUUUUUAUGACCCCCAGAUUCAUUCUGUUGCUGACUGUACUGAAUAUCAGGCAGUCAAGCAAUCUUACAUGGCAAAUGUUAACGAAGUGUUUCCAUCACUCUUUGGGUUUUUAUUUUUCUGUGUUGCUCGCUGUUUUAACAUUUAAUCUUAUCUUAUCAACCAUAAUGUUGUAAACUUGGGCGUGACACAUAUUCAACUGUACAAGAGCAACAAUGCCUAGACCUACAAUCUUAUGGCUAACAUUUGCUAACAUAGUAGCAUACAUAAUAUGAACAUGGGUUCAUGCAAAUCUCAUGAACCCAUAUUUUAUUCCCAUUAGAACAGAAACAGCAUAUCAGACGGUGAAACUAAAACAUUUUACCACUUCAUGGGAAGUAUGAGCUCAUUUUGAAUCUGACUGCAGCAACACGUCUGUAUAAAGUUAGAAUAUCUCUAAAAAAUAUAAAACAACUUAAGAAAAAUGUUCCUCAGCAUAAAAUUGUUAAGACUUUGAAGAUCCCACCAAGAUUCAGAGGAUCAGGAGGAAUCUGUGUGCAUGGGACAAGGCUGAAGGUCCAAACUGGAUGCUGGUGAUCUCGGGAUCCUCGGGCAGCACUGCAUUAAAAACAGACAUGAUUCCCUCCUGGAAAUCACUGCACGGCACCAGGAACACUAAUCAUUGUCUGUGAACACAGUUCACCCUGAAAUCUACAACAGGAUCCAGUAACACUGCUGUUAUGGGGUGAAAUGUAAAUGUGCAAAGGUUCCUAACAGUGCAUGUGUAUGUGUUGGCUAAUUCCAUUUUGAACGUCUUGCUUUGAGUGAUAUGGAUUCUACGUUUGGUUUUAUACUGUAUCAACUGUAGAUUUGUGUUAUUGGUCAUUAAAAAGCAUUUUUACAAAUAUCAGGCCAGAGUUUGGUGUUGGAGGGCAGUGACAAAUCAUUUUCCUAGUUAGUUGCGGGGGUUGCCAUGGCUUCUGUGUCUGAUAUUAGUUUAUAUAGUUUUGUGAGGUUUGUGAUUUUUAUUAUUUCCUGAGUCAGUUUAGAUGGUUGUAAGGAGUUGUUGGUGCUGUUAGACUGACUGAAGAUUUCACCUGUUGGUACUGAAGAAAUUCCCCAACUCCAAAGCUCUGGACCAAGAAGCUAAAUUACAUGAAAUUAUUGUUGUAAAUAGAUGUUCUAGAUGACUCGAUCCUUUGUGUUGCAAUGAGGGGAAGUAAAUCAUUGUAUUAUUUAUUUUAAAGUCUGGAUUAUUUCAAAUUGGGGUGUAGCUACAUGGUGCUAGUGAAGAUUUGGUGAUUUUAAUGACUUUCCCCCAGGCUGUUAGAAUUGAUGCAACAGUGAUGCUUUUACUGUGGUUUGUUCCAGUUUAAUCCAACUGUGUUUGUGGUCUUUCUGAGUCCAUUUUAUGAUAUAUUGGAACUGAUUUGCCAGUCAGGGGCUUCUAAAACACCUAAUUUUUUUUUUUUGCAGGGUGCUGAGAGCUAUUCUGGGUUUUGUUGUUCUUCCAGUAAAAGUUAUUUGUUAGUGUAUUAAGCGAUUUAAACCACUGGUCUGAAGGAGCUGUUGGGAUCAAUGAGAAAAGAUCGUUUUGGUAAAAUAAGAUACUUGAGGUAAAAUUUUCAUUUUACAUUUAGCUACCAGUCCAAUAAGUGAAAGUGGAAGGUUUGUUCAACGUUUGAGAUUAUCUUCUAUUUUCUUCAAUAGGGGUGUGCCCUUGAGAUUACAUAACUCUGACAGCCUGGGGGAAAUGGGAAUACCUGAAUAGCUGUAGAAUCCCAGGCAUGUUCGCAGAGUAGCAUUAAAGUUGACUUUGGAGAAUGAGUCUAUAACUUUCUGAGUUAUGUUGCUAACAGACAGACAAACCAAGGCCCCUGAAUACUUCCACCUUGGCAGAGUUAAUGAAAAAUGAAGUGGUUGGACCUCAAGAUGGAUGCAAAAAGAAGAAGAAGAAGAAAAAAAAAGCCAUAGUGUGUCUGCAACCAGAGGAAGAAGAUCAGACCUGAGCUCA